AUGGGCAACUCGAGCAGCUCAAACAAGAUCUCAGCCCAGGACAAGGCCAUCCUGGACAUGAAGAACCAGCGCGACAAGCUGCGACAGUACCAGAAGCGCAUCACCGUCCUCACUGACCUCGAGAAGGAGAUCGCAAAAGAAUGCUUGGCCAAGGGCGAUACGAAUAAGGCGAAGCUGGCGCUGAGACGAAAGAAGUACCAGGAGAGUCUACUGUCCAAGACCGAUCAACAGUUGGCGCAGCUCGAGAUAUUGACAAGCGACGUCGAGUUUGCGCUGGUGCAAAAGGAUGUCUUGUAUGGACUACAGCAAGGGACUGCAGUGCUCAAAGAGAUUCACAAGGAAAUGGGUGGCAUAGAGAACGUGGAGAAGUUGCUGGGUGAGAGCGAGGAGGCUCGGGCUUAUCAAGAGGAAAUCAGCGAACUUCUCGCCAACAAAAUGUCCAACCAAGAUGAAGACGAAGUCGAAGACGAGCUCGAGGCGCUCGAAGCAGAAGUCAACGGCGUGGUCCCCGCGCUGCCCGAUGCGCCUGUCGCACAGCCACAGUUCACGCCAGAGGAGAAGGCGCAAAUGGCCAAGGACAGGGCUGCGAGGAGAGCGAGGGAAAGGGCUGCUGAGCAGGCGUCGCAGCCCAUGCUUGCAUGA